ACUGUUCCGCCGGAGUGAUCGAGUACAAUUGCUAAUAGCAGAGGGUUUCAUUUCCGAGAGCACGGCGCAGGUUCUGAAGGGUUAACCCCACCACCACAGCAACUGUCAGCUGACCGAGAAGGCGAGAGAGAGAAAUUCAUCCGAGUUUAGUCUGAGUGGUGCCGAGACCUUCUGAACGAGAAUGGCAGCCAGCACUCUGUGUCUUCCCUCUUCUUGUGACUGCUUUGUUGCUCUCCCACCGGCCACUGAAAGGAGGGAAGUGAUUUUUGGAAAAAAUUCGGACAGACCACGGGAGGAAGUCCAGGAAGUAGUCUACUUUCCUGCAGCUGAGCAUGCAGAAGGCUCCAAGGUAGAGUGCACAUACAUCGAAAUUAAACAGGUGGAGAAGACGCAUGCAGUGAUUCUCAGUCGCCCGGCCUGGUUGUGGGGAGCUGAAAUGGGUGCCAACGAGCACGGCGUCUGCAUUGGCAAUGAGGCUGUGUGGACCAAAGAGCCUAUCAGAGAAAAGGAGGCACUGCUUGGAAUGGAUCUCGUUAGGCUUGGACUGGAGAGAAGUACCACAGCUAAAGAAGCUCUGCAUGUUAUCACCUCCCUGGUGGAACGACAUGGACAGGGAGGGAACUGCAAGGAAUCCCUGGAAGCAUUCAGUUACUAUAAUACAUUCCUACUUGUGGACCGAAGAGAGGCCUGGGUGCUGGAGACAUCCGGGAGAUACUGGGCUGCUCAGCAAAUUACAGAAGGUGCCAAAAAUAUCUCAAAUCAGCUGACCAUCACCACAGAGAUCAACGAGGAGCACCCUGACCUUCGGAAUUAUGCCCAGAGUCAAAAGUGGUGGGACGGUGAGGGAGACUUCAACUUCUCGCAGGUUUUCUCCCCGACGAACCCACCAGUGAGAAUGGAGGCUGCAAAGGCUCGUUACUCUGGAGGCCAGGAGCUGCUUCGUAAGCAAGAAGGUAGCAUUAAAGCAGAGACUAUCAUGGACAUCUUGCGCAAUAAGGAGAGUGGAAUCUGCAUGGACUCUGAGGCUUUCUGUACCACUGGCAGUAUGGUGUCCAUCCUGCCUCAAGAUGAUGCCUUGCCUUGUGUGCACUUCUUUACAGCAACCCCUGAUCCUUCAAGAUCUGUCUUCAAACCCUUUAUCUUUAUUGAUGAUGUAACACCAGUUUCUAUGGUGAUUUCUCCAUCUUAUGGUGAGGAGGAUCCUGUCCGGAGGCAGCCGCGGUUCCUGAGCAAGCCAGAUCGCAGGCAUGAAUUGUAUAAGGCACAUCAGCAAGCCAAAGCUACAAUGGACAGUGGACAGGAGCAGGGUAUACAGUUGCAUGAAACAAUGCAGAACCUUGAGAGGCAAGGACUACAGGCUAUCAAGAACAUGUUGGUUAGUGGAGCAUCCUUCAACCCAGAAGAAAUGGCAGAUCUCUUCUUUGACUGUGUUGAUACAGAAAUCAAGUUUUAUAAAUAAACCUUCAAAGGUGUUACUUCACAAAUCCUGCCAUAGAUGUUGACAACUGCCAGACCGUUGACCUGCAGAAGCAAAUGAAAUGGGUGACUUCCUUGGAGCCAUGAGUUUUUGUCACGCGCGCGCGCACACACACACACACACUUCGUCCCCCCCCCACCAAUAGAUUUACCUGUUGUACUGAUAACUGAGCCAAGUUUGCUGUUGUCCCUCCUCUCUUGAGAGACUGCCUAGAAGCAGACCGGUGGUUUUACAUCACACUGUUGUCUGAAGUGUUCAACUGUGAGCUAACUUGACUGGAACUAAUAAACUUGAAUUAUUUGUUUUUGCUUGCAAGGCUGGUCCUACCCCUUUAGUUUUACAUGGUUAUCAGUCUUGCAAUAUAUUCCUUUUGAUGUCUCACUUUUUGAGAAUGUUUCAACAUUUGCAGGUACGAGAAAAUUCUGUAGCUCCAAUUUUCCAGAGAUACAAUGUCUUUGGGGAAAAUGUGUACAUCUCAGAAUUAAUUAAAAGGAUAGUGUAAUCUACUAAACUGCCACAUAAUCCAGUGUUAUUUUUAAAAGAUGCAUUUACUGGCGUCUUGCUGUCUCUCUGGGUUCGGUGGGAUAAGAUUUCUUGAUUGCUUGUUUAUUUUCUCCCCUUGUAAUUAAAGAACACCAAAAAGUAGCUUCAUGGAUUUGUCACAUUUCCAUGGUUUCAGAGAUGCAUUUUUUAGCAAGAGUUUGGUGGGAGCGUUGGGGAAAGACAUUUCCUCCUCUUUUUGAGGUGAGUAUGUGACGUUGAUGGGGUGGGUAGUGAACCGGCAGGGAGAUUUUCUAGAACAUUUUCCCUGCUGCAGCAGUGAGAGAAAAAAGCUUGUCAAACAUUCCAAGUGUUAUCUCACUUCUUUCCCAUCUUGAUGACCUGGUGUGAACACUGGAAGUCUUGGACCAGCCACUGAUUUAUCUUAAUAAUUGAAAGUGUCUGAUAUCAAAAUUUGAAGACUAACUUCUUUUCCCCCUAAAACUGAAAACUGUGUGGCAGAAACAGUACUUGAAAUAAUUCAUACAGAACUUUAGUAUGUUUGUGUUCUUUAGAAGUAAAUCAUGUUGUCUUUCAUCAGAAAUAAAUUGUGUUGUCUUUCAUCUGUCCUUUCAUCUUGCCAGUCAUUUUUAGCACCUGCUCACCCAAUAAGGUUUUGUACUUGAGGAAAACGUCCGCAGCCCAUAUCAGGAAUUUAAACUUCCCACUCCCUUCGUGACUAGGAAUCAUGCUAUAUACAUUUCAGUCUGGUUUCUUUUCUUGGUAUGUCUUUGCUGCCAAAAGACAUAGGAGAAGAAUUAGGCUAUUCAGCCCAUUGAGUAUGCUUCACCAUGUGAUCAUGGCUGAUUUUUUUUUAUUCCCCCCGCCCCCCCCAAUGCUAUUCUCCUACCUUCUUCCUGUGACCUCCGAUGCCCUCACUAAUCAAGAUCCUAUCAUUUUCUGCUUUAAAUAUACCCAAUGAUUUGGCAUUCAUAGCUUUCUGUGGCAGUGAAUUCCAGAGAUUCACCGCCUUCUGGCUAAAGAAAUUCCUCCUCAUCCCUGCUCUAAUAGAAUGAUCUUCUAUUCUGUGCCCUCUGGUCCUAAUGGAAACAUCCACUCCACAUUGACUCUUUCAAUACUUGGUAGGUUUCAAUGAGAUUUCGCCCCCUCCCUCCCCAUUCUUCUAAACUCCAGUGAGAACAGGCUUAGUGCCAUCAAAUGCUUGUCAUGCAUUAACCCUUUCAUAGCCAGUUAACUUCUGCUAGACAACAUUCCUCUUCCUUAAUGAAUGUGUUAACUUGUGUUUGAUAUUUGAAUUUUUCAGCACAGUCUGUACCUGUUGAUACUUGGACCAAUAUGAUUCCAGUUGCAAUUUAACACACACUAAAAAUGAAAUCCCCAGAAAUGUCAUGUUUAAACCAAUAGUUUUGAAGGAUAGAGAUGCAAGAUAUUGAUACAUGUUCCGAUUGUACUGCAGUGUUCAAUAUUGUGAGCAAGUCAGGUGAAAACACUUCCAUUUAUGCAUUCCACAAUGUGAAACAAACAAAAAGAAAUGGGUGUUGAUUUAAUACUGUACCAAAGUUGGUAAACUUGUGUGCACUGCUGUAGAUAGAAUUCUGUUGGAAAAAUAUUGAAAGAUCAACUGCAGCAUAAGAUGACCCUGCUGUAAACUAUUAUUUAUGAUACUGUUAACCAAUAAAGAUAUGAAUGACUAUUCAAGCACUUUGAAUUACUGAUGUGCAUGGUACCUAAGCUGGUUGAAUAUAGUAUGUUAAAAUAUUUUGCAAAUGAUAAGUGUGGGCAUUACUCCUCUGACGAUGGUGUCUGAAAAGAGGAUGCUGUCCAAGUUGCAUGCCAUCUUGGUCAAUGUCUCCCAUCCACUACAUAAUGUAUUGGUUGGGCACAGGAGUACAUUCAGCCAGAGACUCAUUCCACCGAGAUGCAACACAGAGCGUCAUAGGAAGUCAUUCCUGCCUGUGGCCAUCAAACUUUACAACUCCUCCCUUGGAGGGUCAGACACCCUGAGCCAAUAGGCUGGUCCUGGACUUA